UGUACUUCCCCAUGACCACUCUCACUUUCGUUACCACAUCAUCAUACGACAGCAGAAAAGACAUAAUGCUUGUUCGUGUACGUUCGAAGGAUGGGACGUUUAGAUUCCCUCUCGAACCGACAGACGAUGCUGCAAAGCUGAUCGAGCAGGUCUUGCAAACCACUCAAAAUGCGGAUCAUACCACUCUGACAUUGUCGAAUCAGCCGCGUGGUGGCGAGAUGCGGGCUGAAGACUUGAAGGGAACAACGUUGGCCAGCUUAGGAAUAGCACAUGGGCAUCUACUCUACGCUAACUACUCGGAAGCCUCAGCACCAUCCACCUCAGCAUCUGUUACUACUGAGACAGCCGGCUCAGGCUCAGCACCAGCAACCAGUUCGACAAAUGGAGCUCAGUCAAAUGCUUCAAAUGGCACAGCUUCUAUCACGACUGCAAAGAAGCCAUGGGAGACUGUCAAGGAAGAUGCAGUAGAUACAUUCUGGGAAGCACAAGAUGGAAAGAUUCCACGAAGUAAAGAUCCAAAAUUCUGCAGACAUGGGGACAAGGCGAUGUGCGACUACUGUAUGCCACUUGAGCCUUAUGACGAAAAUUUCAGAUUGGAAAACAGCAUCAAGCAUUUAUCGUUCCACGCAUAUCUGCGAAAGCGUGAUAUCGCUACAAAUAAGCCAUCGAGAUCGUACAUUCCACCACUUGAGGAAGAAGACUACAAUGUCAAGAUACCUUGUCCUUCUGAACAGCACCCGGAUUGGCCAGCUGGAAUUUGUACCAAAUGUCAACCAUCUGCCAUCACACUUCAACGUCAGCCUUAUAGAAUGGUCGAUCAUGUCGAAUUUGCUCAUCCUCAACUCAUCGAAAACUUGCUCAACUUUUGGCGAUCGACUGGGCUUCAGCGGUUUGGAUUCUUGAUUGGACGAUAUGAGCCGUAUGACAAAGUGCCAAUGGGUAUCAAAGCUGUGGUUGAAGCAAUCGCUGAGCCACCACAAGAAGGAGAUGCAGAUGGAUUAACGUUGGGUGUACCAUGGGAAGAUGCAGGCAGAAUAGAGAACUUGGCGCAGAGUUGUGGGAACAUGUCGAUCGUAGGUAUGAUUUACACCGACCUUUCGCCAUUAGAUCCUACAUUCCAGGAUCCAGAGGCAGCGGGCAAAGUUCUAUGCAAGAGACACAAAGACAGCUUCUUCUUGUCUGGGUGUGAAGUAUUGUUCUCGUCUACCUUGCAAAAGAGCAACCCGAACCCAUCAAGGUUUAGUGCAUCAGGCAAGUACAACAGCAAAUUUGUCACUUGUGUGAUCAGUGGAACGGAAGAAGGAGCAAUUGAUGUCAGUGCAUAUCAGAUCAGCGAGCAAGGGAUGGCGAUGGUCAGUGCGGAUAUGAUUGAAGCCAGUGUGAAUCCAAACAUUAUUCGUGUUAGGCCUAGCGAAGGAAAGAGAUAUGUGCCUGAAGUGUUUUAUCGAUACAAGAAUGAAUACAAGAUCGAUGUAAAGGAAAGUGCAAAGCCUACUUUUCCUGUGGAAUAUCUUUUGAUCACUGCUACACAUGGUUUCCCUAAUGAACCCACGCCCGUCUUUUUGUCUUCCAAAUUCCCAAUCGAGAACCGACCAGGACUGCAUGAUCAAAAUCUCACCAAAGCACUUACAUCUAUCAACAGUGUGCUCGCAGGUCAAGAAUUAUUCCCGAUUGGCUAUGCGGCUAUGCUAAAUGAUGCGAAAGGAAAAGGAAAGAUGGAUAUCAAUCCAGAAUUGGAAACCGUUCGCGAAAAGCUGGUUGGAAUUCUGAGUGAUUGGCAUUUGAUCUGUUUCUUGGAUACAUGCGGUAUAUUGGAUAAAGAUGAUAUUCAAGCAUUGUGUAAGGUGGCCGUUUCGCAUGAUCAUCGAGUGGAUCUUGAUGAACUGUUGCAAAAGACAGGAUGGCAAACUCUAUCGGCUAUUGCAAAAGAAUCUGCUCCUCAACCACAAGAUGCUGAUGCUGAAGAUUUGGCAGCUAUAGCCGCAAUGGACGGAGGAGGCAAUGCAAAAUCUAACCAACCGGGUGGUGGUGGAACGGGAGCGUAUGCCGGUAAAGUGGGCGAUGUACGAGGUGCGGUUCCUGAAUCACCAAAGCGCCAGGCACCUGUCACUCGAUCUACAGCUCCGUCUCAUCAACCUAGUGGAAGUAGAGCAGAUUCGCCUAUCCUCUAUACAGGAUCGGAUGAAGGAGAUGCAGAUUUCGAUUUUGUGCCUGAUGACGACGAUGAAUUGGAUGAAGACGAAGACAUGUUUGAAGAUGCGGCAAGUUCGACUGCUCAUGGUGCUUCUGCUACUAGACGAACUGGAUCAACACAAGCAAGCAGGCCAGAAUCGCCAGUUCAUGUACCCGCACCGCCAGCAGCAGCACCACCUCCAGUGACUUCUUCUGUGAAAGCUUGUCCACAUUGCACGUUUGAGAAUGAUGCAGCUGCAACUGAUUGCGAUGUUUGUGGCCUCCCAUUGUGAAUAUGCAAAAUCUAUUUUUUUUAUGUAUCGAUAAUAUAGACUCUUUACAAUUACAAUAAAAAAGAUGUAUUGAUCAUCUUCUAAUUUGACCUUGU